UGUCUGUGCGUCACCUCAGCUGUCAUCCGUUCUGCCCCGCCAUGGAUAGUAUUGAAUGCCCCAUACAAACCUCCAAACCUCCAGCUGCCUGAAGAAGCACAGUGAAGCAGAGGAACCAGCUUGCUCGGCCAGACACUUCUAGAAAUCCAGCUUGCUACGUCAGAGUCGUUCAAGCUCGUAAAGGCCGCAGAGGGCUCGCAUUGGCGUUGACAUUCUCACGCUUUGCAAAGGUUGGCUUAAGCCCUGCGGGCACAUUCAGCGGGAUGAACUUCGCGAUCGAAGCUCCGGGCGAAGCUGCCCCCCUCAGUCCGUGGGAGCUUGUGAAGGCGUUGAGCGGUGCUGCCACUUCGACCGACCAUGCCCAGAGGCAGUCGGCCAGCCAGCAGCUCCAGACAUGGGAAUCUCACCCGGACUACUACGCCAGUCUCCAGACCGCCUACCUCGAUACGGAGCAAGAUAAGCAGAUCCGCUUCCUCGCCAUUAUCCUUCUCAAAAAUGGCAUCGACAAGUACUGGAGGCACACAGCCAGACACGCCAUCAAGCCUGAAAAGAAACAGUUCAUCCGUUCGCGGCUGUUGCAGGGCUCGCUCAACGAGGAGGACAAGUCCUUAGCGCUGCACAAUGCUUUAGUCACGGCCAAAAUCUUCAGGAUAGACUAUCCGACCGAGUGGCCCGAUGCCUUUUCCGCACUCAUCGAGGCGAUCAAAGCCGCCAAUGCUUCAAAUCAGUUGCACCUACGUGGUGCUCUGCUAGUGUUGCUCCGCGUCGUCAAGGAGCUGGGCACCGCUCGUCUGCGCAAGUCACAGACUGCCUUACAAGCUGUCACGCCAGAGCUCGUGCAACUCCUGGGCGCCAUCUACACCGAAAAAACCGCGUACUGGCAAGACCUCUGGACGAAAGGGCAUGGCGAUGAGGACACUGCAGAAAUCGCCGCCGAAAACAGCCUGACAGCCCUCAAGGUUCUGCGAAGGCUGGUCACUGUUGGCUAUGAGCAGCCACAUGCGGACGCCAUGGUGUGCGGUUUUUGGUCCCUGUCGCAGUCCCAGUUCGAUCAGUUCCUCGGCGGCGUCAGCCAAGACUCGUGGAUCCCCGUCCCGUACCAAGACAUGGUCGGCAAGCAUCUCAUCCAGUUCACCAAGCUCCAUAUCGAAAUGUCCGAGACGCAUCCAGCAAGCUUUCCUCUGCUGCCCAACUCGAUACCCCUGACCAAGGCCUACUGGAACCUCGUCAAAGGAUUCUCCGAGGUGUUUGAGAAAUCCGGAGGCAUCAAACAAGCUUCAGGCGAAACAGCUGGGGGCAACCGCAAGCACGAGGGACCUCUGUACGAGAAGCUUGCACUGAAAGGCCUCUUGCUGCUAAGAAGCUGCAUGGCUAUCGCACACCAUCCGGUACAGACCUUCAAGUACAGGAGCACAGAGGCCAAGGAGCUGGAAAAGCAGGCUGUACAUAUUCUCAGGGACGACCUCCUGACAAGGGAUAUGCUCCUGGACAUGAUGCAGGUUAUAAUCAGCAAUCUCUUUAUUUUCCGCAAGUCGGAUCUCGAGGCCUGGGAAGAAGAUCCCGAGGGGUGGGAGUCCCAAGAGCGGACCGAAGGCCAGGCUUACGAAUGGGCUGUUCGCCCUUGUGCGGAGAGGCUGCUUCUCGACCUUCUCACCCAUUACAAGGAGCUCGGCGAACCGCUCCUUGCUUACUUCGAUCUUGUAACCAAGGCCGACAUGGACAUCGUCUCAAAGGAGGCCGCUUAUUGUGCCCUUGGCUGCGCCGCCUCCGUUAUUUACCAAUCCUUCGACUUCGACACCUUCCUGACGACAUUUUUGGUCAAGGAUGUGCAGAUUCAAGACCCCAUGGCCAAGCUACUUCGACGACGAAUCGCCAUUUUGUUGAGCCAGUGGAUUAGCAUCAAGAUAUCCCAGGCUAGCAGGCCUGCCGUGUACGACAUCUUUCGCCACCUAAUGAACCCCGACGACCAGCACAAUGAUGAAGUUGUCCGCAUCACGGCGGCACGCCAGCUCAAGUACAUAGCAGAGGACUUUGAAUUUACUCCGGAGAGUUUCUACCCAUCUGCAGCAGACACGUUCAAUCUCCUUGUCAGUCUCCUUCAGGAGGUAGAGAGCGACGAGACAAAGCUGGCGAUCCUUGAGACGGUCCGAGUCAUUGUAUCUCGGAUGGAGACGCACAUAUCACAGUUCGGAGACGCCAUCAUGGUAAUCCUUCCCAAGGUUUGGGAGUCGGCUGCCAGCGAGGAGUACAUGAUCAAGCAGUCGGUGCUGGCCAUCAUGUCGGCGCUGGUCUCGUCGAUGCGUGUCGAGUCGCAGAGGUACCAGGGGCCUAUUAUCCCGCUGCUCAAAGAAGCCAUGAAUCCUGAGUCGGCGCUUCACCUUCACCUGAUCGAGGAGUCGGUCGAUCUGUGGAAGGCCAUCAUGAUGCAGAGCUCGCCAGCCUUGAACCCGGACCUCGUACAAAUGGUUCAGUUGGCACUGCCACUUCUGGAAUAUGAUUCCGAAGUGGCGAACCAGUGUUUGGAUAUUGUCAAGGACUACAUUAUUCUGGCUCCGCAAGCCAUCCUGACCGACGCCCUCCGCCGCCCAACCCUGUCAGCACUGGCAAAGACGCUGGACUCAAAGAGCCGCGACCAGUCACAGCUUGGCGCGAAAUCGAUCGAGCACGUUAUUCGCGCCGCUGAGGAAUUCGGCGGCGCUCAAGGCGUCUCAAUCGUGAUUCAGGACCUGCUCGAGAUCGGCGUGCUCCGAACCAUGCUCGAAGGGUUGCACAGCGCCUGGGAAUCCAGCCAAACCACGGGACCCAACCGGAAAUCAAGCAAAAUCAACAGUCUCAAGGAGACGGACUACUUUGCGGUCCUCGCCCGCAUUGCCCUUGCGGACCCGGCGCUCCUGGUCACUAUGCUCACGAGCUUCGGCAGCCCCAUCGAGCAGGUAUGGUCGUGGCUCAGCACCCAGUGGUUCGCCAACUUUGAUUGCAUGGGCGAUAUCGAGCGGGAGAAGCUUUCGUGUCUGGCGCUGACGCGCCUCUGGGAGCUGCCCAACCCCAUGCAGGAUUUGGUCCUCGCCCGCCUGCAGGAUUACCUGUCCAUGUGGACAAGCGUCGUGAUGGAGCUGGCCGACGACACGAGUGGCGACGCGCUGCGGUCGCAGGAUAGCCUUGUGUGGAUUGAGGUCGCGGGAUCGGAGUACGACACGCCGUUGGAUGUGAGCGAGAGGGAGUUUGCGGCCAAGGAUCCGGUACAUUGCGUCGUCACGUUCGAGUUUGUCAAGGCCAGGCUGGGGGAUAUGGUGCAGCGUGUUGGCGGAGAGCAGGCAUUUGAGGCCAACUGGGCGGUGAAUGUGGAUAGGGAGGUCCUGGCGGGAUUCCAGAGGUUGAGUCAAAGUAGUGGACAGGUGGAUCGGUGAUCAGUGAAGGGAGACGUAGAAAGGAGGCGAGGACUGAGAGUGGCCUACCAAGCCACACAGAGACGUUAACUGGCGAGGCCCAACUGAAGAGUAGGCAACUCGCCGGUCCUGAUAUAUGGCUAAUGGAAAGAAAUCAAAACAAGAUCCAGGGAGUUCGGGGAGUAAGCUGCUCUCACCCAAUUCAGGAGUCGGACGACUUCAAGGCCAAGACGUAGAACUUUGUUGUAAUACGUCAAAGCGUGAGAUCUCCGGGGACAGCAAUGCCCGAGUUGGACCCAGGGUU